AUGUUCAACUUUUGGUCCAAAUUAGCGCUGCUUUUCCUCCUCGCCUUCCCCUGCGGCCUGGUCUCCUUCGCUCAUGCGGAUGCUGAGGCCGACUCCAGUGAAGAUCCAGAUGUUGCUGUAGAUGAAGAGGAGGAAGAGGAGGAGGUGGUGGAGGAGGACCAGCUGCAGCCGACUGAGGAUGAAGAGGAGGAAGACGAAGCGACCGACCCUUCAUCACUGAGCUCUCAUCCAGACGCAGACACCACCAUCGUCUUCACCACCGGAGAAGAGUUCUUGGCCAAUGAGAUCGUCCGGUUCCUGGUCGGAUUCACGAACAAAGGAAGUGAAGAUUUCAGCGUUCAGUCUCUGGAGGCAUCAUUCCGUUACCCACAGGACUUCCAGUUCUACAUCCAGAACUUCACGGCGCUCCCACUGCAGACCCUGGUGAAGCCUCAGGUCCAGGCCACGUUCGAGUACUCCUUCGUCCCGGCGCUGCAAAUGGCCGGACGCCCCUUCGUCCUCGUCAUCCUCCUCAACUAUCUGGACACAGAGGGAAACUCUUUCCAAACGGCCAUUUACAACCAGACCGUGACCAUCACAGAGAAAGAAGAAGGACUGGACGGAGAAACGAUGUUCAUGUACAUCUUCCUGGUCGGCCUGGUGUCUCUGAUGGUGUUCGCCCUGUACCAGGUGCUGGAGUCCAGAACGAGAAAGCGUCUGUCCGUGAAGGUGGAGAAAGGCACCGGAAACAUGAGCGACGUGGACAUCAGCUGGAUCCCUCAGGAGACACUCAACGCCAUGAACAGAGCCUCUCCCAAAACCUCCCCCCGGAAGCGAGCCAAGCGGGCGGCCGGCACCGAUCAAUAA